GCGGAACUGGGAUAGGACUGGGAGGAGGCCUGCGUGGGCGGGACUGGAGGAAAGUCGUUGGCGGAGUUCGAGCUUCUGAGUCCUUACGGUUCCUGUGACGAGGAGUAACAGCGGCACGAACAGAACAAUGGGUCUGUUCUCAGAGUUGAGGCUGGCUGUGCCUUGGGGUCACAUUGCUGUCAAAGUCUGGGGCUCCCAGAAGAACCCUCCAGUUCUCUGCCUGCAUGCCUGGCUUGAAAAUGCCAACUCCUUUGACAGACUCAUUCCUCUUCUUCCACAAGAUUUUCAUUAUGUGGCCAUGGAUUUCGGGGGCCAUGGGCUCUCCUCCCAUUACAGCCCAGGUCUCCCGUAUUACCACCACAAUUUUGUGAGUGAGGUCCGAAGGGUGGCAGCAGCAUUUAAAUGGACUCGCUUCUCCCUCCUGGGCCACAGUUUUGGUGGCACUGUGGGUGGCAUGUUCGCCUGCAUCUUCCCUGAGAUGGUGGACCAACUAAUCUUGCUGGACUCAACACCAUUUUUCCUGGACUCUAAUGAAACAGAGAACAUCCUGACCUACAAACGGAGGAACAUGGAACACAUGUUUCAAGUGGAAGCUUCCCAGAAUUCCUUGAGGGUGUCCAGCCUGGAGGAGAUGUUGCAGGGGUGGGUGCUGCCAGCAAGGGCAGGGCACAGGAGGGCUGGGACUGGUGUGCCCUGGAUGAAACCCUCCAAGAUAAGGAAAAUGCACAGAUUCUCUGCACAGCCUCUCCCUCCUCAAAAUGUCUUUCUCCCCAACACCCUACUUUGCUUCCCCCUGGGUGGCACUCAGCACCAGGCCUCAGAAAGCCCCUUGUUGUAACCACCUUUCUUUAUUCAUGCUGUGUGUGCCUGAGGGGUUACUCUUUCUUACCCCUCAAAUUCAUGCUGUGUGGCUUAUCUCUGCCCUCUGACUACCAACCUUAGGCUACUUAACAAUUACCUGCAGUUCUCUCCCAUUCUCCUGCUGGAGCUGUCUGGUGGCUUCUACCCCAGAACAACCACACUGCCCUGUGUCAAUGUGGGCCUCUAAAUUCCACAUCCAUGGCCCGAACUGGGAGUGCCCUGCUCAUAUUUGUAUUCACUGCAUCUGGCAUUCUGCACAGGAGCACAGGGCUUCACACUUUUGUUGUUGUCCAGAGGAGUGGACACACACACACAGAAUGACAGGCAGGCACACUGAGGCUGCGAAUACCCCAGUGGUUCCGAAAGACAUACACAUAGUUCAUAGGCAGUCUCCCUUCCCUCCAUCUCUCUUCCUCCUCCAUUCUUUCCUUCCUGGAGAUUGAACCUAAGCCCUCAAGCACUUUACCCCUAAGCCACAUCCCUAGACAUUCUUGUUGCUUGUUUGUUCAUUUUCGAGGGAUUCAGCUAUAAUUCAGGCUGGCCUUGAACUUAUAAUGAAGCCAUGACUGACCCUGAAUUCAAAUUCAACCUCCUUAAGUGCUGGAAUUAAAGAUGGGCACACCUAGCCGGGUGUUGGUGGCACACGCCUUUAAUCCCAGCACUCGGGAGGCAAAGGCAGGUGGAUCUCUGUGAGUUCGAGACUAGCUU